AUGUCCACCACCACCAGCAGCAGCACCUCGACAUCGCCUGCGGCGGCGGCGCAUGCCUCCGGGCAGUCCAACAUCCCCAUGUCCCGCCCGGCGCACAGCCUGGCCGGCGAAGAGGUGCUCAAGGAGCUCCGCACCGACCCGUCAUCCGGCCUGUCCGCCGACGAGGCCGCGCAGCGCCUCGCCAGCGCGGGCCGCAACGAGUUGGAGCAGAAAAAGGGCGUGCAGCCUCUCAAGAUCUUCAUUGAGCAAAUCUUCAACGCCAUGACCUUGGUACUGCUUCUUGCACUCGCUGCCAGUCUCGGAAUCCGAGCCUGGAUCGAAGGCGGCAUCCUUGGCGGCAUCAUCGUCGCCAACAUCUUCAUCGGCUACAUCCAGACGCUCCAGGCCGAACGCACCAUCGACUCCCUCCGCACGCUGGGCAAGCCCACUUGCAACGUCUUCCGUGACGGCGCCACCGUCGCCAUCCCGACCGCCGAGGUGGUCCCCGGUGACGUGGUCGACCUCGGCACCGGCGACUCCGUGCCCGCUGACAUUCGCCUGUUCGAGGCCGUCAACCUCGAGGCCGACGAGGCUCUGCUGACCGGCGAGUCGGCUCCCGUGUCCAAGGUCCCCGCGCUCGUCUUUGACGACAACACUGGCCCUGGCGAUCGCCUCAACGUCGUCUUCAGCUCCACCACGAUCACCAAAGGUCGAGGUCGUGGCGUCGUCUUUGCGACCGGUAUGUUUACCGAAAUCGGCCUUAUCGCUCGAGCGCUUCAGAGCGAUGGCAAGGAACCCACGCGAGACUCGGCCGCAGAUCCCUACUUCAAGAGAGCUUGGAAAUCUACAAUCGGUGCCCUCGGCGAAUUCUUCGGCUUGACCGUCGGUACCCCUCUUCAAAGAAAACUCGCACAGCUCUUUCUCGGCCUCUUGGCUUUCGCCGUCGUCUGUGCCAUCAUCGUCCUCGGCGCCAACAAGUUCAACACCCAGACUGACGUUAUCCUGUACGCCGUCACCACCGCCGUCGGCACCAUCCCGGUAUCCCUUCUCCUGGUCCUCACCGUGACCAUGGCCGCAGGGACGAAAAAGAUGCUCCAGCGACACGUCAUCGUGCGAAACCUGCAGAGCCUCGAGGCUCUGGGCGGAGUGACCAAUGUCUGCUCCGACAAGACCGGCACCAUCACGCAAGGUCGCAUGGUCGUCCGCAAGGCCUGGUUGCCUGCCUGCGGCACGUACUCGGUAGAAGCCACAAACGAAGUCUACAACCCGAAUGUAGGCGAGGUAUCGUUCACGACGACAGAACCCAGGAAGAUGGGCCCGGUCGAGGAGAAGCCCACGUCCAUGCAGACGAUAAUCCCAGCAGAGCAUGUGACCGGAACAACUGCUCUCCAGCAGUACCUCAACAUCGCGUCGCUGGCAAACCUUGCCAGCCUUGAGCAGGUUUACGGCACCAAGGAGAAGGGAUCUAGCGAAUGGAAGGCUCGCGGCGCGCCGACCGAGAUCGCGAUCGAAGUGUUCGCAUCACGCUUCGGCUGGAGCCGAACUACUCUCUCCGAAGGCCCCUCCGCCAAAUGGGCGCACCUUGCCGAGUUUCCCUUUGAUUCUGACGUCAAGAAGAUGUCCGUCCUGUUUCGCGACACGGAAUCAAAGCAGGCGCACGUUUUCACAAAGGGCGCCGUCGAGCGCGUCCUCGACAUCUGCACCAACGUCGCCGUCAACGAGGGCACCCAGGCGUUGACCGAGAACACCAAGGCGAGCAUCUUAGCCAACAUGGAAGCCCUCGCCAGCCAGGGCCUGCGCGUGCUCGCUCUGGCGCACAAGGUCCACGAUGCCGAGGCCGACGUCCUUGCGGCCGACCCUGCCUCCACCUCGAAUAGCAACCCGUCGCGCGACGCCUUUGAGCAUGGCCUCACGUUCCAUGGGCUCGUCGGCAUCUACGACCCGCCACGGCCCGAGUCCGCGCCGAGCGUGCGCGCCUUCCACGCCGCCGGCAUCGCCGUGCACAUGCUGACCGGCGACCACCCGCAGACCGCGCGCGCCAUCGCGCAGGACGUCGGCAUCCUGCCGCCGGACGCCGCCCCGGACACGCCGCUCAUGACGACCGCGCAGCGCUUCGACGCGCUCUCCGACGCCCAGCUGGACCGCCUCCCGGAGCUGCCGCUGGUGGUCGCCCGCUGCGCGCCCAGCACAAAGGUGCGCAUGAUUGCCGCGCUGCACCGUCGCGGGCGGUACGUGGCCAUGACGGGUGACGGCGUCAACGACGGACCGAGCCUGCGCCGCGCAGACGUCGGUAUCGCCAUGGGCUCCGGCGCGGACGUCGCCAAGGAGUCAUCCGACAUCGUGCUCACCGACGACGACUUCGCGUCCAUCCUCACCGCGGUCGAGGAGGGGCGCCGCAUCUUUGACAACAUCCAAAAGUUCAUACUGCACGUGCUCGCGGCCAACAUUGGCUUUGUCAUCGCGCUGCUCGUCGGCCUCGCGUUCAAGGACCGCAACGGCGUCUCCGUGUUUUUGCUGUCGCCUGUUGAGAUCCUCUGGAUGCUCCUCGGCACCGGCGCCUUUUCGGAGACGGGUUUGGGCUUUGAGAAGGCAGUGCCGGAUAUCUUGAAUCGCCCUCCCCAUAAUCUCAAAUAUGGCGUCUUCACGCCCGAGUUCCUGCUCGACAUGGUGGUCUACGGCCUCCUCAUGGCAUGCUGCGUCCUCGGCUCCUUCACCGUGGUCAUAUUCGGCUUCGACAAUGGCAACCUCGGCGUCGACUGCAACACACACUUCUCUCCCGCUUGCGAUGAGGUGUUUCGUGCGCGUGCCACGUGCUAUGCCACAAUGACGUGGAUCUUUCUCCUCUUUUCUUGGGAGCUCAUCGACUUCCGCCGAUCGUUGUUCUACAUGCCAAAAGGCAUUGGCGCAUGGGCAAAGCACCUGUGGGGAAACAAAUUCCUGUUUUUCUCGGUGACGGUUGUCUUUGCCAUCGUGUUCCCGACCAUUUAUAUUCCGGGGCUGAAUCAUGUUGUAUUUUUGCAUACCGGCAUCACAUGGGAGUGGGCAGUCGUCUUCAUCUCGGUCGGGGUGUGGAUGGUUGGGACAGAGUCUUGGAAGUGGAUGAAGCGUGCCUACUUCCGCCGCACAGCAUCAAAGACGCAGACAGCUCCAGCUGUCAGCGCGGUAGAGAGUCUGGUAUAG